UUCUGGCAGAAAAGGCAAUAUGGCCGUCAACUGAGCGCCUGCCUCGUACGUCGCGUUAUAGCCCAGAAGAAGACAAAGAAACAACGCAGUAAUACAACGUAACUUGGGCAAUUUUCAUUUAUCAACAGUUCAAAACAAAUUAUUACGUCAACAGUAUUCUCAGUGCUCGUUGUCUUUUUGCCAACAAUCAGAACUUUGAGUCAGUGAAAUUAAUUCUUUUUUUUACAUUAAAAAAAUAUAAAACGAGUGAGAGGGGCAAGGUCGAGCCAAGGCAGAUUAACAAUUGAUUAUAAUGCUGGAGCUCGAAGUUGUGCCCGAAAGAUCCAUCGGUUGUGACCAGUGGGAAUUUAUUUUAGGUAUGCAUUUUUCUCAAUCUGUAUCGAUAAUACAGAGUCAAGUGGGCAUUAUUAGAGGUGUACAAGUACUUUAUAGUGAUACUAAUCCAUUAGAAGUAGAUCUAGUAAUAAAUUUACCCUACGAUGGGGUGAGACUCAUAUUCGAUCCAGUAGUUCAGAGGCUCAAAAUUAUUGAAAUAUAUAACAUGAAACUUGUUAAACUGAAGUACUGUGGUUUACCAUUCAAUUCGCCUGAAGUAUUGCCAUCGAUCGAGCAGAUUGAACACUCGUUUGGUGCAACACAUCCAGGAGUUUACGACAGUGAUAAACAGGUCUUUGUGCUCAAUUUCCGGGGUUUGUCGUUCUAUUUCCCAAUUGACUCGAAGUUUCAGCCUGGUUAUGCACAUGGGCUAGGGUCACUGCAAUUUCCAAAUGGUACAUCGCCAUUGGUAGCUAAAACUGCAAUUUAUGUGGGUAGUAUGGCUGCUGGUACUGUGGGGAGUGAGGAGCAUUGUCUCAAGGCACCACCACCACCAUUACCUUUGGUCUGCUACCACAAUAAUUUAUAUUUAGAAAAAGCUGAGGUUAUCAGAGACAAAGUGAGAACUCGGGGAUUGAGACUGCACCUAUUUACCGAGGGGAGUUCAGCUACGAGAGUACUGCUGGAGCCUAAAAAGCACAAUCUCACUAAAGAGGUCUGGUUUGGAGAGAGUUGUGAGGAUGUGUUGAGUGCACUGGGCGCACCUUCACGAGUUUUCUUUAAGGCUGAAGACAAAAUGAGGAUUCACAGUCCUCAUGCACAUAAAAGAGACAAAACGAGACGUUCGGAUUUCUUUUAUAAUUACUUUACCCUGGGAAUCGACCUUUUGUUUGACGCGAAAACCCAGUGUGUCAAAAAAUUUGUACUUCACACCAAUUACCCAGGUCAUUACAAUUUCAACAUGUAUCAUCGUUGUGAAUUCACUCUGACACUACCUCCUGAAAAUAGUCAAGCUGACUCUGGUAAACUCAUCGAUGUCAGCCCCUCGCCAAUCACGAUCACUGCCUACACAAAAUGGGACAAAGUGAGUGAACAAUUGAAAGCGAGCUCUCGUCCAGUAGUGUUGAAUCGUGCGUCCUCCACAAAUACAACAAAUCCAUUUGGUUGCACCUUCUGUUACGGAAUACGUGAUGCCAUAGUCGAAGUUAUGGCGAACCAGCACAUUGCCAGUGUAACCCUCUACAUGUCGGCGUGACCCUGGUAAAUGGCUGCAUUUUUAAUCUAUAAAAUAGCGAUCCUUGGUACUCCAAAGGAUGAGGGAAAAAAAUAACAAAAAAAAAUACAUAAAAUACGAAAACGGAAAAAAAUAAUCUUAAUCGAAGAGUGAAUCAAGAUAGUACUGACACUCCUGGAGGUCCUUGAAACGGAUUAUUCAGAUGUGGAUGACGAUUCGCUUGUGAUGAUACAGAAUUAUAAUACGUGUGAAGCAAUUUUAUUUAUAAACGUUCCGUACGAAAGGGCACCGAGUCGAGGGAUAUGAAUUUCACAGCAUUUUGCAUGAAUAUUCAAAGUCAAAGGAGAAGACGACAAUUGAUUAUAUUAGGAGACAUGAGACGUGUGAAUCAUUUAUUUUCAAUGAAUGACUCAACUCAACGUUUCGGGCCCUUCAGAAAAUCAAUAAAAACUAUAAAAACGAUAAAAUUGACAAAAAAAGUAAAAACCUAAGUAAUAUAGCGUAAAAGUUGAUAGAUAGUAAAGGGCAAUGAUCAUGAUAACUUUGAAAAAGAUAUUAAUACUGAGGACAAAGUUCAUGUGAAAGUUUUUUUUUCAUAAAUCUCAUCAAUUUAAGGUGUCGACUAGACAUUUUUAACGACAAAAACUAAGAAUUAUUUAUGAAAAUUCAUCGUUAGAACUUUUGUGCUAGAACCAAUUCAUCAAAUCAUCACGAUAUUUUUUCAAUUUUUUUAAUUAGAUGAUUUUAAACCGUUGACUCUGGCUGACGUUUAGAAUUGAAUUUUUUCUUCGUAAGACAAUAAAUUCCAUAUCUUUGUGAGAUAUGAAUCAGAGAAUAAAAUAUAGGGAGGUGAGGAAUUUUUUUGUUGUUCAAAACAAUUGUGGUGAUUGUCAGAUUCGUGGCACUUGUCAAUAUAGCUUCGGAAGGAAGAGUAAAUUAAAUUAAUAUGUACAUAUCUCGAAGUAUACAUAUUUGAUAAGUCGUUAAAUCCUUGCGUUCAUGUACAAUGCAAACAAAAAAUACAAAAUUGUAAAUAACUUGAAUGGUGAAAGUAGAUAAAAUUAUAAAUUUUUUUGGUUACGUCAAUGAAUGUUUGAAGAUUUCUAGGUCAGAUCUGGCGUUACAGGAUAAUGAAAUAAUUUCCUUUCUCAAUUUCUUUUCAACUCUCAAGGGAAAUUUAUAUUUUUAAAAGAUCUUCGUGUGGGUCAUGUGCUUAUGGAACACAAAGAUGUUGAUAACUAAUCAAAAAUAAACGGAAUUAUUCCAUAAAGUAGGGAUAAUGAAUACUUGUACAUAUGAAUAAUUGAAGAAAAAGCCAUCGUGAUCACAAUUUUUUGGUAAUAAUAUGCUCUACCGUUGUUACAUGAUUUUACAUCUCGCGACUCGCACAAAUUCGUUGAAAAAAAUUGAUCGGUUAAAAAAUCGUUCCAUGUAAAUAUUUUUAAUUUCAUUACGACAAAAAAAAUGAGAGAAAUCAGAUGAAGAAAUGAAAUGUGUUUCCUUUUCCAAAGGCUACAAGAUUGAAUUACAAGUAAAAAUAACCAACGAAGACCAAUUUUCUAAUGACAAGUUUUUGGAAAAGAAUGUAAAAACGUCUUUCUCUUUUCCAUUAAUUCAUUAUGAAUUGAAAAAAACAAUGUAGAAAUGUUCUUUGAAAAAUUCUUCCCUUGCGUCACUAAUUGCAUACUGGUAUUCAAUUGAAUUAUUUCUUCAAGGAAGAAAAAUGCCUAUGAUAAUCAUGCACUGCAAAACGCACUCACAUAUUUAAUUUCAUAAUAUUUGAUAUAUAAACUAGGAGAGAAUAGCUGGAAAUAUUUGAACCAUCAAAGAUGAAAGUGAGUGAAUUUUGUCAUUUUCUCCGCAUCUUUCAUCGAUUUGAUAGCACCUUUUCUUUCUCUAUUUUACUAAAAGGAAUGAAUUCAUCAUUUUUAUCUUAUAUUUGUUAUCCUCCUAGGUGCGUCUGUGCAGAUUCAUCCCCCAGUAAUGAAACAAUUCUUACGAAUAGGAAUAAACAAAUUUAGUUAUGAAAGUAUAAUUUAACGAAGGAUAGCAGUUGAUAACACCUUAAUGCGCGUCAACAAAAAAAAAAUAAUUCAAUCCAAGUUUGGAAAAUGGGGUUCACCUAUAACUUUUAAUCGUCGUAGAUAUAAUUUUUUAAUGUAAUGCGAGUAUAUGAAUACUAUUUAAUCUUACGCAUUGUAAACGUGAUAAUGACGAAAAAAAUGGAUAAAAACAUGAAAAUGCAAAAAAAUUUCAGCCACGAGGGCAUUAGCAAGAGUAUAUUGUCUGUUUUAUUUCUCGUAUAUUUAUUAAAUUAAGUAAUUAAGGAAUGAAUUGAGCGGCGAAAGUGUGGAAACGUGAAAAAAAGGUUGAAAAAUUAACUAUUUAGUUGAGUGGUGCAAAAAGAAAUAUCGAGGCCAGAAAAUAAAUCCAACUUUUCUACGAGAAAUACAUGAGCUCCGAGGCGAGAGCGCAGAACUCAAUUCUUUAUGGUGAUUCCUUCUUUCUUAAUUGACGAUUGACUUAUCAUUGGAGAACUGGAAGGAUUCUUGAAAUGUUCAGAGAGUGGAGAUAACUCAAUUGAUAUUUGCCCUUGUUUUUCUCCACUUGAAUAGUGAAUUAUAAAUGAUAAAAUUAGUUAAUGUUGUCUGACCUCAUGCCACUUCGCAUUGCAUACUCCUUUUGUAUGUUUACCUGAUAAAUAAAAGAUCUCAAAACUGCA